CAGCGCCGCCCCGGGGCCCGGCGCCUGCGCGGGCCGUGACGGGCCGGUCCCGGCGGUGCGUCCCGGGGCUGUCCCCGGGCCGGCAGCGGGAUGUGGCGGCGCCUGGCCGCGCUGCUCCUCGUCUUCGCGGCCGCCACGGCCGGGCUGUCGCUGCUGUCGGCGCGGCUGAGCGCGGGGAGCGCCCGCAGGCCGCUGCGGUUCCCGUCGGACCUGGAGGAGCUGCGGGAGCUGGCCGAGGCGCUGCGGGACUACGAGCGGGAGCACCGCGGCGCGGCGCUGGCGCUGUUCUGCGCCGCCUACCUCUACAAGCAGAGCUUCGCCAUCCCCGGCUCCAGCCUCCUGGUAGGGCGGCGGCGCCUCCCGCGGCCCCCGGGCCCCGGGGGGGGGUCUCGGCCGCCUUCACCCCACGCCGUGUCCCCGCAGAACGUGCUGGCCGGGGCGCUCUUCGGGCCGUGGACCGGGCUGGCGCUGUGCUCCGCCCUGACCUCCCUGGGAGCCACCUGCUGCUACCUCCUGUCCGGCGCCUUUGGGAAGCGCUUCGUCGUCUACUGCUUCCCCGACAAAGUGGCCCUGCUGCAAGGAAAGGUAGAAGAGAACAGGAGCUGCUUGUUUUUCUUCCUGUUGUUCCUCAGGCUGUUCCCCAUGACACCGAACUGGUUUCUGAAUCUCUCAGCCCCCAUCUUAAACAUCCCUGUGUCCCAGUUCUUCUUCUCCGUUCUCAUCGGUCUUACACCCUAUAACUUCAUCUGCGUACAGACAGGAGCCAUUCUGUCACAAAUCAACUCUCUGGAUGCCAUUUUCUCCUGGGACACACUGCUCAAACUGCUUGCGAUGGCUGUGGCAGCACUGAUACCAGGGACCCUUAUCAAGAAAUACAGCAAGAAACACUUGAAGCUGGAUGAAGACAAGCAUGCUCUGUUACUCAAUGGCAAGAAGAGCAUGUGAUGGCUCACACCCCAGAUGUUGGGGAACUGUUUCACAAAAGAUGUGGGUCUUUGCCCGUGCGGGUAAUGUUCUGCAUGCUCUGUGCCCAUGUGGACCAAGGACAACUGCAGUUUUUACUGUUCUUCUCAUCUAAGAGGAGGUAUAAUCUUGUUUUUAAUCAGUGUUUUACUGUGCAUGUAUCUGCACUGAAAAUUCUCUAUAAUGAAACUUUGUGAACACUUGA